CUGCCGUCAUAGCUCCUGCAACUGCCCACACAACUUUCUCUCAUAUUCUCGCAUUCAUUUUCCUACCAGACAAACAGUCAGUUUCCCAACUUUCAGGCUCUCCAGGUCCAACCAUCCAAGUAUCCAGCUAGCGAAUACCCAUCUUCUCCACUGAUGAAGAAGCCGGGCUUUCUAGCGGCCUCAGUCGCCGCCGCUUCUGCCACUGCUCUCUCCGCCACUUCUUCCUCUUCAAGCUUUGUGUCUGAUUCAACCAUGCGGUUCUCUCACCAGGAGGCUGGCUCUAAGAGAAAUCAAGAAAAAUCAUCGGCUUCGACGGACAAAUUUGCACCCAAGUUCGAUGGGCUGAGAUUUAUUGAAACGCUGAUUACUGCUCACAGAUAAGAUUUGACGGUCUCUAUCUUCUAUCUAUUCUAAUCUAAAUAUUUUUGCCUCCCUUGAUUAUUAGAUCCAUCUUCCAUCUUGAGGAAACAUCUUCAAAAUUGGAUUUCGAUUCUUUUGGUCAUGAGAUGAAGUUAGUACUAAAAACUAGAAGUAAUCACAACUGUAGCGUUUUAUGUUAAUAAUUUAACGUCAUAUGAAAAUAAGUAUUAGUGGCAUGAUAUGCCAAGAUAGCAUUGUACCUGCCAAGCAGGUCAUCCUCCUAGAAAUAGAGGAAUUGUAAGGGUAUCAUUUCAGUGAUGCCUUUUUGUAUUCAUGUACUUAAUCUUAGCCUAAAGGCCGUAAAAUGUAUUAUUUUUGUAAUCGUGUGGAAAUUAAUGUAAUAUCUUUUACUUUGAUUUGA